GAAGCGAGGGUCAUUAGGGGAACGUUUCUCCAAAGAUACCCAUUUCUUGGAUACAAAAACUCUUCCUUGCAAGAUGUCACUGACGGAGGCGAUGGUGGAUCGGGCGUUUUCUCCUUCCAACAGGUUUUUACAUGCGGUUGCUCGCUGCGACCCCGCGUUGCGCUCAUCGCUUGAGGUUAUGGAAAGAAUUAAGCGGCAUGCGCUGCUUGACCCGGUGUUUCAGGCUGCAGUAGAAGAGGCACAUGCGUGGGAGGAGACGUCUAUACAGAAACAUCUUCAAAAUGGCGGCGUCAGUGCAAAAGGCGAGACGCGCAAGCAACGUCGACUGCGGCGUGCCGAGGGCAGUGCCACCCCGAUUCUUGGCGGUCCGCUUGCCAAACCACAACAUGCGGCUGACAUCCCAUACUAUUACGGUAAUAUUCGCAGUUUUGUGCCACCGCAAGGGCGGUACAACAUGCCAGCGCCCCGUUUGUCGCGGGAAGAGGCUGCCCAAUUGCGUAACCGAGAGCGCAAGCAGAAGAAAUCACGAAUGCGUUUCAGCCAGUAA